AUGGAGCCACAGCACACCAACAGCAGCAACAGCAACAGCAGCAACAUCAACAGCAGCAGCAAUAGCAGCAGCAACGGCAGCAGCAACAACACCAACAGCAGCAACACCAGCAACGGCAACAGCAACAUCAACAGCAGCAGCAGCAGCAACCACAACAUCAUCAGCAUCAACAACACCAGCAGCAGGAGCAGCAGCAGGAGCAGCAACAGCAGCAGCAACCCCAACAGCAGCAGCAGCAGGAGAAGCAGCAGCAGAAGGAUUACCUUUGCUUCUUGUUUGAUUUGUACUGUAGAGAGGGCUCUGUCAGACGGAUGA